UACUAGAAAUGAGGCAUGUAAAACUCCCCCUCCGCCAUCAAUCGAAGCGUCUCGUACGCGUACAAACCGAAGAAAACGAGAGUCGAGCCGACCGCGACGUAGGCCACUAUUUUAUCGUCAUUCGUCGCGGGGGCGGGGGGCGGCGCGUCGAAGAACGGCUCCGCGUCGUCGUCGUCGGACGCGCGAAGAAUCGUGACGUGUCGCGGCCGCACGACUGGCGCGCGACCGCAUGCAGUCGUCCGCGUCGGCGGCGCGAAGGCUGCAGCGAUCGCUGUCAGCGCCCAGAGGACGCAUGCGACGUGUUUGACCAUUUGUACGAGUUGUGCAGGCUGUUGUCUAAUCCUUGGCUCUCUGCCUUACGAGCUUGUAUGCGUUGCUUCGGCAGCACAGAUGGAAAACAGAUGCGGCACGGUACAACAGGCCACUCGGACCAAGAUACUGCUCUACCGCGCUUGUAUAGCACGCUUGGCCGCUUUUGUCUCCGUUUUGGCUAUAGCUAG